AUGGACGGACAGACGGACGCAGGGGCAGGAGCAGGGCAGCAGCUGGAGCAGCAGAGGGAGGGUGCAGAGGAGGAGGGGAGGCUCUGGCAGGGAGGCCAGGCCAGGAGCUCGCUGCACCUCGUCUCUGCUGUGGCUCAGUGGGUUUUGCUGCUUGCCUGCCUGAUCUACCUGGGAGUGCAUUUCCUGCGGCCCUCCAAGACCCAGAGUGACAAAGUGCUGUGGACCCACAUCCGAUACUCAGGCAGGAGCACCAGGGGAGCAGCCGUGAACCUCUCAGCGGAAUCGGGGCCCAUCCAGAUCCGGAAUGGCUCCGUGCUGGUCCCCUGUGAUGGCCUCUACCUCCUGUCCCUCAGGAGCACCAUCUACCUGGAUGAGAAGGAGGAGGACUGGCUGAACCUGACCCUGCAGGCCAGCAGCAGUGUCCUGUGGGAGCAGAUUGUGCAGAGCAGUGAGAGCAGAGUGAACCUCACCACAGUGCUCUACCUGUUUGAGCAGGACAGCAUCACGCUGUGGACCAGCUCCAACGCCAGCCUCUGGGACCUGUCCCUCAGCCUGGUGUUAGUAGCUGACAGCAAGUCCUAGCUGCAGGACUGGAGCAGCACGGAAAGCACAGCCUUCCCCACCUUGCUGCAGGUUUUGGACUUGUAUGGGCAGACUGCUCUAAACCCCUCCCUGGGGCUGUGGAGGGCCUGGCUGGGAGCGCAGAUGAACCACAGGCUUUAUAUAGUGCAAGAUUCGCCUCUUUGGAGCUCUGUGCAGCUGAUUUGCUACCCAGGAUGGAUCUUCCCAACACUGGGGAAAGGGAUGUGUGGAGCUCUUGAGAAGAGCAGAAAUGAAAGCCAAAGAAAGUCACCCAAGCUUAGCUCAUAUUCAGAGAAACCCCAGGUUUCUCUAUUUACUUGACAGUGUCUGUAUAUAGUAGAAAUGUGUUGUGUUUUUUCUCAAAUAAAAGUCUGGUGAGUCAGGAAGGUACCUCAAGUGUCCUGAAGCCAUUUGGAGCGGGAGGAGCAUGAAUCUGCCUGGCAAGAUGGAAAACAGGGAAGAGGCAGCAGGGAAUGCCUUUGGAGUGAGCCAGAUAAAGGCUGUCUGAGAGGAACAGCUGUGAGAGAAGGUGGAGUGUGGAAAUGAGCUGACAGGACUGCACUGGGCAGCAGGAGCACUGACUGUGGAGUUUUGGGGAGCAGCCUUUGAGAGCAGAGCCCCACUGGCUGUUCCAGCUGUCUGCAGACUGCUGAAGCCAGAGCCCAAGGAAUAUCUGCUGUAAGGCCCCAGAGGAAAACCUCCUUCAAGCACACACACACACUGGCUUGACCCAAAAGUGAUCCAGGCACAUAAAAAGUUGGGCAAACAUGGAGACUUCUGGAUGUGGUGACCUCUGACAGACCAAGUGGAAGCUGCAGGUCUGAGCAUCCUUUCCUCAGGGAGGACCCAGAUGGUUCUCAUGGCUUUGUCCCACAGGUGUGCCCCAGAGACUGGCAGGCACAGCCUCCAUGGGGCACCAGGCAC